AUUGAGGGAAACCCCUAACCACAAACCACCUUGUCAUUUUGAGACUGCAAUCCUCCAUCCUUCAGCUCUUCAUCAUUUCCUCAGUCGGACUCUCGUUGUCAUCGUCUCUCGUUGUUUGUCUCGCAUCUUGAUUGCCUCUUCUCAGAACCUGCGACCGAAAUGGCUCCAGCAGCAGCGGAGUCCCCAUCGCCCAUUGGCAUUGCCAAUUUGCCCAACCAGCGACACAAGAUCGUCGCAAAGAGAGGCGCUGCUUUCACCAUCAUGGUUGCCGGCGAGUCGGGCUUGGGCAAGACCACCUUCAUCAACACUCUCUUCUCCACCACAAUCAAGAACUACCAAGAUCACAAGAGGCGACACGCAAAGCAAGUUGAUAAGACAGUAGAGAUUGAAAUCACAAAAGCUGAAUUGGAAGAGAAGUUCUUCAAAGUUCGUCUCACGGUUAUUGACACUCCUGGUUUCGGUGACUAUGUCAACAAUCGUGACUCCUGGAUGCCCAUCAUCGAAUUCCUGGACGACCAGCAUGAAUCCUACAUGCUGCAGGAGCAACAGCCCAAGCGACAAGACAAGAUCGAUCUCCGUGUCCAUGCCUGCCUCUACUUCAUUCGACCCACUGGCCAUACCUUGAAACCCCUGGACAUUGAGGUCAUGAAGCGGCUAUGCACACGCGUCAACUUGAUUCCGGUGGUCGCAAAGGCUGACACCCUUUCCCCGGCUGAUCUCGCCCGCUUCAAGCACCGUAUCCGAGCUGUCAUUGAAGCGCAGGGCAUCAAGAUUUACCAACCCCCUAUCGAAGACGACGAUGAGGCUGCAGCACAACAUGCCCGUGCUCUCAUGGCAGCCAUGCCUUUUGCCGUCAUUGGCAGCGAGAAGGAUGUCAAGACUAGCGAUGGGCGUAUUGUCAAAGGCCGGCAAUAUGCUUGGGGUGUGGCCGAAGUGGAGAACGAAGAGCACUGUGACUUCAAGAAACUCCGGUCGAUCCUGAUUCGAACUCACAUGCUCGAUCUCAUCCACACCACUGAAGAGAACCACUAUGAAGCCUACCGUGCGCAACAGAUGGAGACACGGAAGUUCGGCGAGGCCAGGCCCAGAAAGUUGGACAACCCCAAGUUCAAGGAAGAGGAAGAAGCACUCAGGAAGAGAUUCACCGAGCAGGUCAAGGUGGAAGAGCAGAGAUUCCGAGCAUGGGAGCAGAAGUUGAUUGGCGAAAGAGACCGCCUGAACAAGGACCUGGAGGCGACCCAUGCUGCAAUCAAACAGUUAGAGCAGGAACUGGAACAGAUGCAAGGCAGUGCCGUGAGGAGCCAUGGUCGUCGUUAGGCGAGUGCAAGACUAGAAAUCGAGCAAGCUUGACUGGGGUGGCUGGCUAGGAUGAGCCAGAAGCAAGGGUUCUGGCAAUUCUUCGCUUCGGGUGCUGUGCUCCGGGAUCGUGGGUGUGCUCAAAGCGUGGAGCUCUUUCUGAGGUUAGCAUUGCUACGAAAAUACCUUUCUAAUGUCAGGUCUUUCUUUUGCUGUCAAAAUCGUCUAGUUCUAUCCGCAAUGGCCAUUGGCAACCACUUGGUUCCUGAAGUCUA